GAGGAAGAUGGCGGUGGCACCGCCGGGUAAGGGGAGCCUGGGUCCCCGCCAGGUGGGCGUUGGCGGCAGCCUGCGGGCCGUGAGGAGCGCUGAGGCGCGCCCCCACUUCGUUGAGGGCUCCAUCGUCAGGAUCUUCAUGGAGAACUUUCUGACAUAUGAUGUCUGUGAAGUACAUCCAGGACCCAAUCUGAACAUGAUUGUGGGUGCUAAUGGAACGGGAAAGUCAAGCAUUGUUUGUGCCAUCUGCCUGGGACUGGCUGGAAAACCUUCUUUCAUAGGGCGAGCUGAUAAGGUUGGCCUCUUUGUAAAGCAGGGGUGCUUGAAAGGUGUAGUAGAAAUUGAACUGUCUAAGACACCUGACAAUAUCAUUAUCACACGUGAGAUUCAGGUGUUGAACAACACAUCGGCAUGGUUUAUCAACAGAAAGCCAGCAACCCUGAAAACAGUAGAAGAGCAAAUAGCAGCCUUAAACAUUCAGGUGGACAAUUUGUGCCAGUUUCUUCCUCAGGACAAAGUUGGAGAAUUUGCAAAACUGAGUAAGAUUGAGUUACUUGAAGCUACCGAAAAAUCCAUUGGUCCUCCAGAAAUGUACCAAUUUCACUGUGAACUGAAAAACUUCAGAGAAAAGGAAAGAGAACUGGAGAACUUGUGCAGAGACAAAGCUAACUCUUUGGAGAAAAUGAGACAGAGGAUUGAACGAUACAAACAAGAUGUUGAGAGAUACCAUGAGCGCAAGCGCCAUCUAGACUUAAUUGAGAUGCUUGAGAGGAAGAGGCCUUGGGUGGAAUAUGAAGAUGUUCGUCAGCAGCAUGAGGAAGUGAAACAAAGCCGAGACCAAGCCAAGGAAGAAUUGAAGAGUCUGAAAGAAUUGCAGUCCCCAGUGACACAAAAAAUCCAAGAAACUGAAGAAUAUUAUAAGAGCCUGGAUAUGAAAAUCAGAGAUAAGGCUGCUGAAAUCAAAGACACUUCUCAAAAAUGUAAACAGAAGCAAGAGGUUUUGGAGAUGAAAGAUAAACAGAUUGAAGAAAUUUAUCAAGCUUUGAGAAUGAAAAAAGAUGAAGAAAUGGACAGACAGAGGAAAAUACAGAACACUCACAAGCUGAUAGAGGACUGGAAGAAUGAACUCAAUACAAUGGAAGUCUCUGAGAAUCUUCAGCCACAAACUGAUGCUCUUAAUAAUGAGCUGAAAAAACUACAAGAAGAAAGGGCAAAUAUUGAUAGUGAUAUCAGUGAUAUAACAGCAGAGAAAAUGAACCAAGAGAGGGAAAAGAAAAGAAUAAUUGAUCGCCUCGGACAACUUAAUAAUAUAAUGAAUAUGAAAGAAGAGAAUCUUAAAGGGAGAUUCCGAGACACACACUCUGCUCUUAUGUGGCUAAGAAAGAACAAAGACAAGUUUAAAAAAAAAGUUUGUGAACCCAUGAUGCUUGAAAUCAACAUGAAAGACAAUAGACAUGCUAAGUAUGUUGAAAAUCACAUUUCAGCCAAUGACAUGAGGGCUUUCGUUUUUGAGAGUCAAGAAGAUAUGGAAAUGUUUCUUGUGGAGAUGCGUGAUCAUCAGAAACUAAGAGUGAAUGCUGUAUGCGCACCUGCUGAAUCAUGUGCUGAAAGCUUACCUUCGAGACCUAUUGAAGAAUUACACCGAUACGGAUUUUUCUCAUACUUACGAGAGUUAUUUGAUGCUCCUCGUCCUGUAAUGAGUUAUCUUUGCUCACAGUACCGUGUUCAUGAUGUCCCUGUGGGAACAGAGAAGACCAGAAACAUGAUUGAAAGGGUCAUACAAGAAACCAAACUUAAGCAAAUAUACACAGCAGAAGAAAAAUACAUUGUUAAAGUAUCUGCUUAUACAAACCUAAUGCUCUCUACUAACACAUCCCUGAGGGUGGCACAGUUUCUCAGUAGUUCAGUGGACACAGAUGAAAGAGUACAGUUGGAAAACCAGCAACAGGACAUCAAUAACACAUUAAAGUCAUUGGAUAUGCGUUUGACUACAUUGUUUGAGAGACAGAAACAUCUGGAACGCAGAGACAACGAGCUCAGGCAACAGAAGAAGGAGCUUGUAGAGAGAGGAAACAGGAGGAGACAGUUGGAAUCAAAAAUUGGUGUGAAGUAUGAUAGUUUAAAACAGCUGGAACAAGAUGCUGUCAACUUAGAGAAAGAAUCUCAACAGGCAAAUGUAAAGAUCAAAGAAAUAAAUACCCAAAAAGCAAGACUUGUUACUGAAUUAAUGCAUCUCAUAAAGAAUUGUAUAUCGCUGAACAUCCUCAAAGCAGGUUUGGUUCUUCAGAGCACUACAGUGGCGGCAGAGAAGAGCAGACUGGAAUCAGAGUAUAAAGCAGCAAGUGUACAGCUAAGAGCUGCAGAGCAACGAUUUCGUGAGCUGGAUGAAAGGAAGCGAGUUCUUACAGAGAACUGCAAGGAAUUGCUGAAAAAAGCUCGACAGGUCUGCAGGCUGAGUCCGGAUCAACAUCUUCCAAAAGAAUUUCAAACUGCUUUUCAGGCUCUUCCGACCACGUUGGAGGAAAUCGAUGCUUUUCUGAAUGAAGAGAAAACCAGGGCCUCCUGUUUCACAGGCCUGAAUGCUUCGGUUGUUGAAGAAUACAAUAAGCAGACACAGGAAAUACAGCAGUUGACAGAGUAUCUAGAGGAAAAGAAAAAUGAAUUGGAAAACUAUAAGCAAAACAUUUCACAGGUCAAAGAAAGGUGGCUAAACCCCUUGAAAAAGCUGAUUGAGCAAAUUAAUGAGAAGUUCAGUAACUUUUUUAGUUCUAUGGAGUGUGUUGGUGAAGUUGAUCUUCAUGUGGAAAAUGAGGAGGAAUACGACAAGUAUGGGAUUCGCAUUAGAGUCAAAUUCCACAGUAGCACUGAACUUCAUGAAUUGACUCCAUAUCAUCAGAGUGGAGGUGAGAAAAGUGUUUCCACUAUGUUGUACCUGAUGGCUCUACAGGAACUCAACAGAUGUCCUUUCAGGGUUGUAGAUGAAAUAAAUCAGGGAAUGGAUCCAAUGAAUGAGAGAAGAGUUUUUGAAAUGGUUGUGAAAACUGCUUGUAAAGAAAGCACAUCUCAGUACUUCUUCAUUACACCAAAGCUCCUGCAGAAUCUCACUUACAAUGAGAGGAUGACAGUGUUGUUUGUCUACAAUGGACCUUUUAUGUUGGAGGCAAACAAAUGGAACUUAAAGUCUUUCUGUAGGCGGCGGCGGCGACUUGGAAGGAUGGAUGAACAGUGAUACAUACAUAUAUAUUAAAAAUAUAUAUAAUGUUUUUGUAGAACUUUUUGGAACACCUGGCUUUCAAGACUUUAGAAAUUGUGAAAGAUGAGACCCUCAAAGAAUUGAUGAUUAAGAACUUUGAUUCUUAAAACUUGUGUAAAAGUGUAACAGAUUUGAAGUGCGUGAUUUUUUUUCAAAUCUUUCAUAGUGACCUCUUUCUCCAAAGAAACUACUUUUUCUCAAUAGUAGUUUUAAAUAAAAAGGAAAGUUUCAUGUAUUUUGCUAUUUUAUUAGUAAUGCAGCAUCAGAAGCACAGUUAAUUUUUCUAGGUUAUACUGGACUAAUUCUAUGUCUGGGUUUCUGGUUUUGGGUUGGUUUUUUUUUCCAAAAAUUUGAAUCUACUUUUCAUAAAUAGUGUUCCCCCUAACACAGUUAAGGAUGUUCCCCAAAAUUUUCCUAUUGAAAUGGAAACUACUUGAAUGAAUGAAGAACAUGAUGUAUAGGAAGGGUAUGGUUUGUAAGUAGCUGUGCAUUUGUUUUGUGAAAAUGUACCUGAAGUUAACAUAAAGAAUGUACUAUUGUUAGAAUAAUAUACUUUAUUAUUAUUAUUAUUAUUAUUUAUUAUUUUUGAGCUAAUGUUCCAUUUUGUAUUCCUGGAAGGAUACGGUCUUUAUUUUUCUAGCAAGUCACUCUCAGCAAGGUAUUAUUGAAAGAACGAGCUAGCUAGCUUGCAGAAGUAAAACUAAGCAAUAUGUAACUUCUUUGUUUUGUUUUUUUUUUUUCAAGUAAAACUUGGUGCAUUUUGGGUGAUAGGUGGAGAAAAUAGUCCUGCUGAUUUCAUGCGUGUGUUAAAACCAGGAGGCUUUUUACAAGGCUUCAGCUGCAUUAGAGAGACUGUGUACGCAAUGGCUUUUCAACAGGUAGCCAUAAAAUUCAUUAGUGGGGUUUUGGCCGUAGCUGUUAAGCAUUUGAAAGCAGAUGUUAUCAACAGAAUGCUGAACCCCUAAAAUAAAGUCCCUGUUAUUUAAUUAACUCUAAAAAAAAAAAUAAACUGAAUUGUGAAGAGUAUGAUUUGUAAAGAAAUGGAAACUACGAUUGGUAUGUAAAAUGUAUGUGAAAAUGAUUGAGUUCCAGGACAUCAUCUGAAAAUACGCAGUAUCCAUUUUUUCAUGGGGGGAGUAGCCUUCAAUAGAAUUUUAUACAAAAUCUGAUCUCCAAUAGAUUUUGAGUGGGAGUUAUUCUUAACAGCAUCCUGUCAAUGAACUUUACUAAUGGAAUUGAUAUGUCAGGCUUUUUACAUUAGAAUGUUAGAAAUAAAUUAACCCACUGCACAUGUAAGCUAGGAUCUAUAAGGUUUCGGGUAUUAAAAGUUAAGUACUGUAAUUCUUGUUUGGAAUAGGAACACAAUAGAGGAAUAGUUAAGGGAAUAGAGAACUAUGUAUUCUUACAUCGUAGGCCACUGUUGAUCAAUGGAGCUCUGUCUGACUGUGAAACGAGUUCCUGGAAUAAGUUCCGUGAGGAUUAGUGUCCAUACACAAAUAUUUGACAGAAGAACGAAAAGAGUGUGGAAACUCAGGCUGUAGUCCAGGGAUUGAGUGGGCCAGCAGAGUAUCGACUUAACUGAGGCUACAGGCCUAUCUGUCCACUGUAUUACAGGAUUUGUGUUUUAAAUAUGUUCUUUGAUCUUCAAAAUACUUGGCUUCUCAUAACCCUGAACUUCUAAGGUUGGUGUUGUGUUUUUUUUUAAUUGAAUGGAAAACCACAUUCUGUUUAGUCUCUGAGGAUCGCUAUAUGAAGAGUGCAAUUCGUUUUCAGUAUCAUAAAUAAGUGAAAUUACUUACAAGAACAAGUGUUAGGACUCAGUUCUUCUACGGCUGGACAGCACUAUCUGUUCUUAAUGCUGUCAUCUUAGAACUUGGUGGGAUUUCUUCCUAGAGUCCAGUUCCUUUCUUAUGUUUCAGGCUGUGGUAUGAAAUGUACGUCUGAUUUAUUUCAAGAGGAUGGCACUUCAGAUCCUGUCUCAAAAGUCAUGUCUUCUGGAUACGGGCCUGCCACACUGCACAGGUGAAGAGGGUGACAGGCUUGUGGGUGUUUGCAUUUUCCUUAGAGGUCUGUCAACUUUGACCAGAGGUCCUGAUUUUGAUGUUUCUGGCUGCAAUCUUAAUAUGACACUUGUUCAUAUUACCUUACCCCAGACAGCUUAAUGAGCUGCAAAACCAUACCACCAGCAUGUUACUGACCAAUAGAGCUUCACUAUCCAGCAGCUCUUCUAGCUAAAGCCUUUAAAAAAGAACUGUAAAACCAACUUUGCGUAUAAAAGCAGCCAUUGCUAUUUGCAGUCAGGUGUACAACAUGUGUGUCUCCCAUACACAUGUUGGUGACGUGCUAAUUCGUGUGCCCAGUGCAUCCUGUCCACAUACAGAGACCUUUUGGCUUAAAAGUAAGUCUUUUGAACUGGAUAUUGUAUUCAACCAUGAAAAUCCACACUGAGUCGCUUAGUUGUAGCUACAGCAUUAUUUCAGAUUCCUUACCUGCGUAUGGGGCCCUUCUGUGCUGCCAGCUUUCUUGCUCUUCCUCAUGCUUUGCUACUGCUACUUCAGCUCCUCAGGGACCCUUGUUAUAAAAACCCGUGGAAUUAAUCUCAGUAUAACUUUGAGGAGGAGGGAAUGAGUGGGAGUUUAGGUUAAAUAUACACGUAGUAUCCAGCUUUUCCUGCUGACUAGGCAGGACCUCUCAAAAAUGUACAAGUGGAAAGACCCCAGAUAGUCCUGUCAGCUGAAGUGUAAAUUGAGCUUUCUCCAAAAAUAAGUACUUUUCCCUGUUGUUUAGACCAGCUGAAGACUUUGCCAAAGUUCCUCUUCCACCACCAUCUGCAGUUCUGACAAACAUCUGUGUCUGCUCAUGUAUUGAGACAAAGAGAGAGAAAAGCAGCAUGGAAAUUGUGACUUACUACAAGAAAUAAAAAGAUCUCGAGGAACCAAAUACUGAAAAGCACUUAAAAAUCACCCUUUACUGUAUUUUAUUUCUGAAAAUGGCACUCGAGCAUGCACGUUAUUGUUAACUGGGAGAGAUUGCUUAGUCAGAUUGAGCAGCAAACUAGAAUAAGGAAGGACCCUUGCACAGCUACAGUACUAUUAAUGUGCUUAUGUGAAACUUGGGCUUUUUUUUGGAGAAAAGUAAAUUAGGCCUGUUAAGGCCGUUUCUGACUGGGAACAUCUGGAACGUUGUUGAGACACAGGAACAGGUUGCCCAGGGAAGCUGUGGAUGCCCCAUCCCUGGAAGUGUUCAAGGCCAGGCUGGAUGGGGCUUUGAGCAGCCUGGUCGAGUGGGAGGUGUCCCUGCCCAUGGCAGGGGGGUGGAACUAAAUGAUCUUUAAGGUCCCUUCCAAUUUAAAGCAUUCUAUGAUCUAUUCUCCAGGUCUUGGCAUUAGUGAGAGAUGAUGGGAUGCACAGAGCUGGUCUGGGCUGCAGGAUGCUUACUGAAAAGUAUGGUGGGUGCUCUUUAGAGGCCUGGGUAUGCACCUACUCCAGGCCUGAUAGCAAAUUUUACUUAGAGUUAACACUGCUGGAGGCUCUCGUGUAUGGUUCAUGCCAGGAUGCCCUCUCUUUUGUUACUAAGCUCUCUGGUUGAUGCUUCCUUUCUAGAAGCUUCUGGACCAUCUUCAAACAAUGCUCCCUAUGGAUUGUCGAAACUGACUUGGGUUUCUUCCAUGAGCCUGCAGUUACUUGCUUGUUCCCUUAGCAAGGCCUCUUAAUUUUCUGAACAUCUCUUACUCUAGGAGGCCUUAAUUUUCACCUUCCUUGCUCAAUUUCCAUGCCAUUCCGUGGUGUCUUCUUGAAAGCAAGGUGUUAGAGCAAACAGAUACCUAAGAUUGGAUGUUAGGAAAAAUUUUUGCACUGAAAGGGUUAUUAAGCAUUGGAACAGGCUGCCCAGGGAAGUGGCUGAGGCACCAUCCCUGGAGGUAUUUAAAAGACGGGUAGACAUAGUGCUUAGAGACGUGGUUUAGUGAUGGUUUUUGUCAGAGUUCGGUUGAUGGUUGACUAGAGGAUCUGAAAGGUCCCUUCCAACCUAGGCAGUUCUAUGAUUCUAUGUGAAACUUGUCAUUCUGUUUUGCAGACACUUGUGUUAUGUUAACGUGUUGUCUGAUACCAUCUCUGCUGUCUGUGCUUAGGGUUUGGGUAGUGGGGUUUACCUGGGGGAGGGAAGGAAAUGUGAGAGGGAGAUCCGUAAUUAAAGAUGCUCGCUGCUUGCUAAGCUGAGCAGGGGUCUUCUGGCUGGCCCUGGGGAGCAGCUAAGGGAUGGUCCCAGCAGUACAUAAUUCCUUCUCUUGUCCCUGCACGCCACAACCUUCACCACCACCUGUGCUGGGAAAGGAGCACCACAAUGAGGUGAAGGGCUGUAUUGGCUCAGGAGCAUCCUAGUAACUCUACAUCAACAUUUAUUGUGAUUUUAUGGAAGUUGUUUUGAUGUUGCAUGCAUCGUUUCCCUGUCCUCUCCCCUGUCUUUACAGUUCACCUUUCAAGGAGCUGGCCAACUAGUUUCUUCUGAUUUGAUUGGCACAACGUCUGAUGGGAGGUGUCUGGCGGGGAAGCUACAUCAUGGGAAGGGGGGGAACCUUGGCACUCCAGCUUUACUGUAAAUAACUCUGAGCCAAAAUU